UGAGGUGAUGCUCCAAUUUGUAAUUGAUCGCUGAAAAGCGUACGUUUGAUUUUUUGGCCAGUUCGCAUUUGAUUAGUUCGUAAUUUUUCUGUAAAAUAAACAGUAAACUAUGGCCUUGGAAGUGAUGUCGAAACUCGCGUUUUACGCUUCUCACGUCAUCAAAGGACUGUUUGAGAUUGCCGUGGGAACAGAAGAGUUCAUAUACGAUGACAAAGGCAACGUCAUCUCAAAAUUACCAUCGAAACGCAAACAAGUUUGGGUCUUCGCCAAGAAUUUUCUCAAGGAACCGGUGAUGUUGGGCUCGGCAUUUCCAAGCUCUCAAUUUACAACUGAAAAACUUUUGGCACCUAUCGAUUUUGAGAAUGCAAAAGUGAUCGUCGAAUACGGAGCUGGCGUUGGCAAUAUUUCUAUUGAAAUUCUGCGAAGAAUGCGCAAAGAUGCAAAGCUCUUGGUGUUCGAGAUAAAUGAGGAUUUGAUUGAAUUUCUGAAAAAUGAGUACGAUGAUGAGCGUUUCAUUGCCUCAGGCCGUUCAGCCGCUGAUGUCGAAGAAGUGCUAUGUGAACACAACCUGGACCAACCAGACUAUAUCAUCUCAGGCAUUCCAUUCUCAACGAUGCCACCGAUGAUUGCCAAAUCCAUCAUGAAAGCCACCAAAUCUGUUUUAAAACCCGGUGGCAAAUUUUUGGUUUAUCAGUUCCGUAACAAUGUCCUUGAGUUCUUGAAGCCAAACUUCAAACACAUUGAUCGCAAUUAUGAAAUCGUCAAUUUGCCACCAAUGCGACUAUUUUAUGCGUACAAUUAGGUCAAGCGGGUCUUGCUUUUAGCGAGAAGAAUAAUCUCAUAAUCAGAAUUUAAUAUUUGUUAAGUAAGCCAAAUAAAUCGAAUUGCACAUUGAAAGGAAAACUAA